AUGCCCAACACUAUAUUCAAUCUUUCAAAUGUGCACAAUGUUUUAGUCAACUCACCUACAAAAGAAAUAAAAAUGCUUCCUUUGGAUGUUGUAGUAAAAAAUAUAAGUAGAAAACUUUGUGCAAGAGAAUUGAAGUAUGGAGAGACAAAAAAACAUCACCGAGCAGAACUUUAUAUAUCAGACAGAAAUGUUCGUCUUGCUCAGAAAGACACUAAGCUUUGUUAUUGUAAAGCUACUAUUUUUAUCAAGCCAUACGACAACAGCCCUGAAGUAGUUUUAAUUUGUACAACCAACGAUUAUACCAACCAUGUUUCUGGCGAUGCUUCUGAAAUUAAAACAUUGCCUUUAUCUUCUGAGGCCAUCAAAAUUAUUGAAGAUCAGUUAAAAGGUGGCAGCAUCUGUAGAAAUACUAGAAUUUCAGUUUUGAAACAAAUUGAAGAGUGGGCAUAG